AUGCCUCCAACACGUGAACGUGGAAAGUACUCCAAGGACCUCCUGCAUACUGCGGUUCAAGCGGUCAUCAAUCGCUCGAAGGCCCCAGAAGUCGCGAAAAGGCACAACAUCCCCAUCGCAACCCUCAACAAGCGAGUGCGAGAACAGCGAUCAGGACAAGCUCUAGUAACCAAGCGCCGAGGACCAAAGCCAACGCUACCAGACAGUUGCGAAGAGGAUCUUGUCGCUUGGAUUGUUGCAAUGCAGCGAGACGGCAAUCCCACAGAUCGGAAGACGAUCAUCGUAAAGGCAAACCAAGUGCUUCGCCGACUGGACCCAACGGCGUCGUUGAGCGCAGGUUGGUACCGGCGUUUCAUCGUACGCCAUCCUCAGCUCACGAACCGAGUCGCCCAAGUGAUUUCCAGCGCUCGGAACGAGGUGGAUGACGUAGCAGUGACCACGCUCUUCAACUCUUUGGUCAACGCAAUUGUCACCAACAAGCUGUCGAGCGAUCGUGUCUUCAACAUGGACGAGACUUCGUUUUCCUCCCGCCGGAAGUCGAAGGACUUCUUCGACGGAAUUCAACGUCUUACCUUUGCGCUCACCAACUUCCACCUUGGCCUCAUGCCGCUGCGCGAGGAUGACCAACACCAGUACCGUUCGGUACUGGCUCGGUAUGCGCGUAUGGCGGAAGAGAAGAGGACCGCCCGAGCCGCGACCCAACGGCGCUACGCUCAAAGACGCGCUGAACGGCUGGCCACUGACAUGUUGCGGUCUUCCUUUGCAGCGCGUGCGCCAUUCAUGUCGCCGAGUGGUCGUCGUUAA